CUGACGACAAUCAUGUACAGGGUGCGGUGCGUUUGUCUUUUGCUAUUCAUUUGUCGGAGCCUGGUCUCGAGCGAAGAGUUGCCGACACUGCGAUCAAGCCCCGAUGCCAACUACUGGUCCCAGCGAGAUCGAAUCCUGGUUGAAGAGUCGCAGAUGUCGCUGGGAGGGCGGCUGAAUUUCGAAUAUGGAGAACGGGAAGCGAACGAUGUCCUAAUGGCGGCAAAGAGGGCGGCGAUCGAUCUAGGGUUUCGUGACCCGUCAAGCUUCUUACCGGCCCGGAACUUCCUCUCCGUUGCCGACGAGAUCCGGCGCUCGCCGACGUUUCAAAUGAUCCAGGCGAUGCCGAAAGGGGCCGCACUCCACAUCCACAACCUCGGGAUAGUCUCGUUGGACUUUGUCUUCGGAAACGUCACCUUCCGCGAUAACCUCUACAUUUGUCGACCCCCCGAUGGCUCAUUCCGGUUGAAGUUCCGUCGCUCAGGGGGCUCAGACGUCACUUGCGCCUCUUCCAAUGGAUGGGUGCUACUUGCAGAGCUCAGGGCGAAUGCGAGCAUCGUGAAAGACAUUAACACUCGUAUUCGUGAUGCCAUGACCUUGACAGUCCCGGACACCACCAAAGCUUACCAUGACACAAAUGCUGCCUGGACAGCCUUAGAGAAUGCCUUCCAGACCCUUGCACCACUUCUCACUUACAAACCCGUUUUAGAGGACUACGUAUACCAGGGUCUUGCAGAGCUCUACAGAGACAAUGUUCUCUACGUCGAGAUCCGCGGCAGUUUCCACAGCCUUUAUGACCUUGACGGGAAUGCAUAUGGCCCCCUCGAUGUAGUUCGAUUAUACAAAAACACCACCGACAGGUUUAUCAGGGAUCACCCGGAUUUUAUCGGUGCUAGACUAAUCUUCAAUUUGCGGAGAUCGGGUAGUACGAGAAGAGAGGCAAUGGAACAGUACUUUGCCACCUUUGCCAGCGUUCAGAAUGAAUUUCCAGAUUUUGUGGCCGGCUUCGAUUUGGUUGGCCAAGAGGAUAAAGGUAAACCCUUAACAUGGUUUCUCGAGGAGCUUAGAACCAUUGCUCCGAGCAGCCGAUUUUUCCUCCACGCGGGCGAGACAAACUGGAACGGUUUAAGCCCCGAUGAAAACCUCAUCGAUGCUAUUCUUCUCAACGCGACGAGAAUCGGUCACGGAUUCGCUUUAUUGAAGCACCCGAGAGUAUUAGAACUGGUAGCGGAUCGUGAAGUGGCGAUCGAAGUGAAUCCGAUAUCGAACCAGGUCCUCUCUCUCGUAGAUGAUAUGCGGAAUCAUCCCGCAAGCUUCCUAUUCGCCCGAAACUAUCCGGUCGUGGUUUCCUCUGAUGACCCUGGGAUUUGGGGGGCGUCUGGUCUUAGCCACGACUUCUACGAGGCUUUUGUCGGCAUCAUGUCGCGCUCCACCGACAUUCGAGCUCUCAAGCAACUUGCCAUAAACUCCAUAAAGUAUAGCGCGAUGCCAAAUGAAGAGAAGAUUCGUGCUUAUGCAAUUUGGAAGGACAAAUGGGCGAAGUUCAUCACAGACUUGGGUCAACGAUCAGAAGCCCUAACUGUUACAUAGCAUAACU